AUGGGAAUUCCAGAGAUUUUACGACUUUGCGAAGAAGAUUUCCACGUUGAUAAGAGAGUAUCACGGUUUACAGUGCCGUUUGGAGCCGCGGAGUGUAGAAUCGGCAGCAUGCACUUCAUUGCUCUGUCUGCCCUCUUCAUCGCCGCAGUACAGGGUGUCAGUCUCAGUCCUCUACAAGUGGCUAUUGUUUGGAUAUUGUGUUCCUUGUCUUCACUGGCUGUUCCUGCUGUUCCAAGCUCCUCCCUUGUCGUAGUCCUCAUCCUGUUGACGUCAGUUGAUGUGGACGGGGAAGCGAUGGGUAUCCUCUUUACAUUAGAGUGGUUCACGGACAGAUUGCGAUCAACUAGUAAUGCCAUGGCCAGUACUAUAUGUACAAUGCUAGUGGAUAAGCUAUGUAGAGGUAAACUAGAAGUGGUUACUUCUGGUAAAACAACAUCGACGGGAGAAGGUGGCGCUGACACCGAUGGCGAUUUUUCUGAUCUGGCUGAUGAUAGCAAAGAUGGCCCGAAUUCUGUUCUAUUAAAGAUACAUUAAAUAUCUCCAAUUUACAAUUUGUUUAUUACCAUUUCGAGAGAGCAGGAAAUGAAAGUGAAUCAUUGACUGUAUUCAUUCAAGUACAUCCUGAUAAGAGUUUAGUUUAUGCCAUGCACUUAGAACCACUAUCGUACCAGUGUUUUAGCUUAUGUCAUGCACUGAGAACCACAAUUAUACCAAUAUUUAAGUUGAUGCCAUGCAUUGAGAACAACUAUCAUACCAGUGUUUUAGUUUAUGCCAUGCACUGAGAACCACUAUCGUACCAGUGUUUUAGCUUAUGUCAUGCAUUGAGAACCACUAUCAUACCAGUGUUUUAGCUUAUGUCAUGCAUUGAGAACCACUAUCAUACCAGUGUUUUAGCUUAUGUCAUGCAUUGAGAACCACUAUCAUACCAGUGUUCAGUUUAUGCCAUGCACUAAGAACCACUAUCAUACAAGUGUUUUAGUUUAUGUCAUGCAUUGAGAACCACUAUCAUACCAGUGUUUUAGCUUAUGUCAUGCAUUGAGAACCACUAUCAUACCAGUGUUCAGUUUAUGUCAUACACUGAGAACCACUAUCAUACCAGUGUUUUAGUUUAUGUCAUACACUGAGAACCACUAUCGUACCAGUGUUUUAGUUGAUGGUAUGCAUUGAGAAGCCAUCGUAUCAGUGCCAAAUUAUCUUGUAAUAACAAAAAAUAAAACCGGAUCAAUCUUAAA